UGUCCCUCGGACACAGAGGAUCACCGUUCUACGGAAAGAGCCGAAGAUGUCGGCUCGGUCAUGUGAUCAGCUGUGUCCAAUCACAGCUGAUCACAUGGCACUGAUGAUCAGUGUGCCCUGAUGAUCAGUGUGGCCCCAGAAGUGCCACCUAUCAGUGUCCAUCAGUGCCAGCUGCCAGUGCUGAACAGUGCCACGUGCCAGUGCCACAUCAAUGCCACAUAUCAGUGCCUACCAGUGCACAUCAAUGCCACAUAUCGGUGCCCAUCUGAGCUGCCUUUCUUGUCACCCAUCUGUGCCAGUUAGUGCCGCCUAACAGUGCCAGUCAGUGCCACAUAUCAGUGCUGCAUUUCAGUGCCCAUCAGUG